UGUUAGGUAGAGUCACAUAGACAACAGGAGGAUGGAAGAAAAGGGAGCAGAGAAUGGAGUGGCGGCCAUGGCAGCCAUCUGGCAGGGAGUUGAUCCUGCAGCGUAUCUGCAGAAUACCUACACUCCACCACUGGCUGAUUUGGAAAGAAAGGACAACCUUUUGCCGUGGGUACUGGCAUGCCUGCAUAGAGCUUUCACUGAAGGUGAUGUGAGUGGUGAGCUGCUGGUGGACAUAGGUUCUGGUCCCACCUUGUACCAGGUGAUGAGUGGCUGUGAGGUUUUCAACAAGGUGCUCCUCACAGAUUUCUUGGAGGUCAACAGGAAGGAGCUGAAGAGCUGGUUCCAGGACGAGGGAGGCUGCAGCAUGGACUGGACACCAUACCUGCAGCACGUCUGCAAGCUGGAGGGACGACCGCCCUCAGCAUGGACAGAGAAGGCUGCCAAGCUACGUCAUGUCAUCAUGGACAUUGUCCACGUUGACGUGCACCGCCCUCAGCCUGUGGCCCUUGACGUCCUUCCUUCAGCAGGGGCUGACUGUCUCGUGUCCUGCUACUGUUUGGAGAGUGCCAGCCCUGACCUGGCUGCCUUCACCAGGGCCCUGGGCCACAUUGGGAGGCUCCUGCGGUCCGGUGGCCACCUCCUGCUCAUCGGAACUCUGGGAAUGAGUUACUAUUUUGGGGCGCCUGGGGUAAAGAUCCCUACGGUCCCAGUGAAUGCGGCCCAGGUCUGUGCUAGUUUGAAGGAGAACGGCUACACCCUGAUCAGGCUGGAGGUUUACACAUUGCCUGAGUACAUGAAGGUUAGCCAUCAUGACGCGUCUGGGAUAUUUUUUGUAAAGGCAAUAAAGGAGUAAUUGUGAGAAAACAGGAGAGAUAUCCAGAUGAAAAUAUGAUAUAUUAGAAGUAUAUUCAAAGUUUAGCACAUUAGACAAUGAGAAAAUGGGCUACUGGUGAUGCUAAUAAUAAUACUCACACACAUUUGUUUUUUUGAGAGGUUGCUUUGAUUCUGAUCUUCAAUCAUUUUAAUUGUUUUCAAACUGACUCUUAAUGGAAAAAAAAUGCAAGACAAAAAAACACGUAAAUUAAAUAUUUCUCUUUAUUUCCUUGGUCCAGUGAAUGUCUUUUCUGAGGGUGAAUAAGGAGACGUUUCCUUUUUCUUUCUGUUAGAAAUGUAAUUACACAUUGCCCCCUGCAGUUCAAAUACAGCAAUUACAGCAUCAGGAAUUUCACACUUCCAUUUUUUGAUGAUGAGUUGCGUGUUAUUUUGUAAUUUCUGAUAAUAUGAAUAAAGAUGCUAAAACAA